AUGCCGCCCAAAGCCGCAACGUCGCCGACGCACUUUCUGUGCAUCCCACUGGCCUCGCCGCAGCUCGCCCGCGCCUGGGCGUCGUUCCGCGCCGACGUAACGAGCCCGCACAGCUUCGCGCUGCCCGAGGACGCCGUGCGGCCGCUGGGGACGCUGCACCUGACGCUCGGCGUCAUGAGCCUGGGGCAGCAGGACGGCGGCGGCGUGGACAGGGCGGCCGAGGUGCUGGCGGGUCUGCGGCCGCGGGAGCUCCUGGCCGAGCUCAGGAGGGCGUCUAACGAAAAUACUACAAAGGCGAAGACGGCGGCGGCGGCGGCGGCGGCGGCGGGUGGCACGACAGGCGAGGGCAUCUCCAUCACGCUCCGUGGGCUGCGCGCCAUGCACGCCCCGAGCAAGACGUCGGUGCUGUACGCGCCGCCGACGGACGAGGAGGGCCUGCUGCAGCGGUUCUGCGAGGGCUUGCGGGCGCCGUUCCGCGAGGCGGGGCUGAUGAAGGAGGAGGAGGGGCGGCCGAUGCUGCUGCACGCGACGCUGAUCAACACCAUCUACGUCAAGGGCGGGAGCAGGGGGAGGGGCAGAGAGCGCAUGAUGCUCGACGCGCGCGACGUGCUCGCCCGGUACGGCGGCGACGACUACGUUUGGGCCGAGGGCCUGGCCGUGACGCGCAUCGCGGUGUGCAGGAUGGGGGCGAAGCCGGUGGAAGGGAGCGAGGGUGACCAGGCCUACGAGGUGGAAGCCGAGGUCGAGGUAUAG